UCAAGAAGUUAAUAGACCAAUUCUAUCUUUUUCUUUAAAUUCAUGGCUUCUACGAAGCCUACCACAAUGUUUGGCAUACAAUAAGCCCUCAAGAAAUGUCUACUAAACUGAGUUAAACAUGAUUCUAGAGACCUAUCCGAUAGAUCAUUGGCAUCACCCAGCUUCUCACAACUUCAUUGCAUAUUCUUCAAAUCAACACUUAGAAUAACUAUUAGAUUACAGAGCAUAAUUUUCCCCAGUGGGUGGAGCAUUUUAACCGUCUUGCCCAUUUUUUUUCUUGUGAUGUCAUCGGGGUUCCUUGAGCAUGCAGUAAAAUUCUGCACACAGAGCAGUCCUUUGUUCUUAUCAACAUCUCACAGCCUGUGAAGCUCUCAGUGUGCCUCUGUCCUUUGCCACAAACAUGAGGUUCAAAUUCCCUCUCAUAGCCAUAGGCCUGGAAAUUUUCAUGAUUGUUUUAUUUGGAUUAUUUGUUCAGUAUGAAACGGACCAGCAUACUCAGCAGCGCAACAUCACCAAGCCAACAGACUUGGCCACAUUCCUUGAGUUAUAUCCUCUGUUCCAAGAUGUACAUGUUAUGAUAUUUGUUGGGUUUGGCUUCCUCAUGACCUUCCUGAAGAAAUAUGGCUUCAGCAGUGUGGGUAUCAACCUACUCAUUGCUGCUUUGGGCCUCCAAUGGGGCACUAUUGCACAGGGGAUUCUGCACAGCCAUGGACAGAAAAUUAACAUUGGAAUCAAAAACAUGAUAAAUGCAGACUUUAGUACAGCCACAGUUCUGAUAUCUUUUGGAGCUGUCCUGGGAAAAACAAGUCCCAUCCAAAUGCUGAUCAUGACAAUUAUAGAAAUUGCUUUCUUUGCUGGCAAUGAAUAUCUGGUUGGUGAAAUAUUUAAGGCCUCUGAUAUUGGAGCAUCAAUGACCAUCCAUGCCUUUGGGGCCUACUUCGGCUUGGCUGUAGCAGGCAUCUUGUAUCGACCUGGACUGAGAAGGGGACAUGAAAAUGAAGAGUCUGUGUACCACUCAGACUUGUUUGCAAUGAUUGGGACUCUCUUUCUAUGGAUGUUUUGGCCCAGCUUUAACUCAGCCAUUGCUGAACCUGGAGACAAACAGUACAGGGCCAUUGUAAACACAUACUUCUCUCUUGCUGCCUGUGUCCUCACAGCCUAUGCCUUCUCCAGUCUAGUGGAGCCCCGAGGCAAGCUUGACAUGGUUCACAUUCAGAAUGCCACUCUUGCUGGAGGAGUUGCUGUGGGCACUUGUGCAGAUAUGACAAUUCACCCAUUUGGUUCUAUGAUCAUUGGGAGCAUUGCAGGAAUAGUCUCUGUCUUCGGAUACAAGUUCCUAUCUCCACUUUUUACUACUAAACUGAGGAUUCAUGAUACAUGUGGGGUCCAUAACCUCCACGGCUUACCUGGAGUAACGGGAGGCCUUGCAGGCAUUGUGGCGGUAGCAAUGGGUGCAUCCAACACGUCUACUAUGGUCAUGCAGGCGGCUGCACUGGGUUCUUCUAUCGGAACAGCAGUUGUUGGAGGUCUAAUUACAGGUUUAAUCCUAAAGUUGCCUUUCUUGGGACAACCAUCUGACCAGAACUGCUAUGAUGAUUCUGUUUAUUGGGAGGUCCCUAGGUUGAGAGAACAUGACAAUCACUUCCAUGGACAUGGUGACCACAGCCAGCUGGAACCUGAAGUCUAAACACCAUUCCUGCUUUCUUUCCCGUUAUCUAGAAUCAAGUUCAAAUAAACAAAAAGGCAGUAACCAAAGAGAACAUGGACCAGAGUGAAAAGAUCCUAAGUCCCAAAUUGCCAGUGUAAAAAUGUCCUUAUGUCUAAUGCUGUCUCUUGCUAUUCAAUGAUUAAUUGAGGGAAUGUGACUCAUAAAACAGAUAAUCAAAUAGAAGCUCUCCAGGAUUCCCAGAAUGCUUUUGGCAGUGAGUAAAUACAGAGUAAAUAUGUCAGUUUCUUAAUGUAGACACUAUGUCUUCAAUCCUCAAAAUUAUGGAACCGAAACCCACGAAACAAGAAUAGAUGUAAGAAAUCUAUGUAAAAAACAAAUUAUAGAAAUGCAUGUGUGUAAAGUAGCAAUAUGAUCAUUUUAGGUGGUGCUUUUUAUUUAAAAAAUGGUCUAGUUAGUAAUGUAUUUGCUUGAAUAUUAUUAAUUCCUUUUGCACAUUUACUAUUUGCAACAAACUCAAAUAUUAUCUGAUCAAAGUCUAUUUUGUAUAAAAUGUUCAAUAAUUAAAUAUUGUUAUAAAAAUAAAA